AUGAACAGUAGGAAACACAAGUUGACUGUGGCAGGUCCACGCAGCAGCCUUUGCUGUGGCAAAAAUAGACAGGCUACUCACGGCGCCUGCCACAGCCUCAUUGUAGACCAGCGUGAGGUGGUGCGACUUUGGAUGAAAAAUCGAAGACCUACUAGAGAAUCGGCGAUAGGAGUUGAUCUGGCAAAGAAUUGGAAUUCUCAGUGGAGCGUGAGCGGGGGCAGUUUCAACCCAGAAGAUAGUAAUUACAUUGGCGUGGGACCGUUCUCCGAACCAGAAACUCGAUCCGUAUCACGAUACAUAGAAACUAUUGGGCCAAACCUUGCCGGCUUACUGUCCUUUAGAGCAUUUGGACAAAGGCUUUUGAUACCCUUCGCCCAUAGCUCUGAACCGAUGUAUAACUAUAACGAUAUGAUAACAAUUGGAAGACGUGCCAUGGGUUCAUUAGCUGUCAAAUACAAUACUCAAUACCUUGUAGGUACUUCCAGAGAUGUGCAUGAUGGUUCAACGGGCACUAUUGCUGACUGGACGAAACACCGUUUCAAUCCUCCAGUUGUGGCGACCUAUCAACUGCGGGAUACUAUAUGGGGCUACACAUUGCCAGUCAAUCAAAACGUGAAACCAAUUUCGAAAGGGGUGAAAUUUUGUGCAAAUAAAACUGUCGAUGAAACGGUACUGUACUUAGCGGAGUAUGUGAGCGUUUUGUCAAGCCCUCAAGAUAAGAACCAGUUGGAAAGUUUCCUGAAUAAAACUGACAUAAAAUUUGUUAUUACAAUACCGAAUAUUCAAGAGCUAAUCGACCGUGAAAAGGUUGCCACUUACACGAGGAGUGACUUAAGAAGUAUGACAUGGAACACGUACUACAAAAUGGAAGACAUCAAUGCGUGGUUGGACGAUUUAGUUUCGAGGUACCCGAGCAUCGUCACCCCCAUCGUGGGAGGCACGACGAUCGAGGGUCGUGAAAUCAAGGGAAUAAAGAUUUCACACGGGUCUGGAAGAAAGGCGGUAUUUGUUGAAGGCGGCAUUCACGCCCGGGAAUGGAUUUCGAUAGCCACCGUGUGUUACAUAACAAACGAAUUGCUAACGAACAACGACGCGGAGACUAGGGCGGCAGCCGUCGAUUUCGAUUGGUACAUAUUCCCCGUAACGAACCCGGAUGGAUAUAUUUUUAGUCACGAAGUGAACAGAAUGUGGCGGAAGAACCGCCGGCCUAUCGGGAACCAAUUCGGUGUUGAUUUAAAUCGGAAUUGGAAUAACAACUGGCUGGUCGCUGGUUCCAGCAGCAAUCCUGCAGCAGACAACUACGCUGGGAUCGGGCCUUUCUCAGAGCCCGAGUCGAGAACUCUUUCUACUUAUAUGAGAGGAAUAGGCGAUAAAAUAGACUUGUACCUUUCGUUUCAUUCUUUCGGCCACCUUCUAUUAUUGCCUUUUGGAAACACAACUCAACCUAUUGCAAAUUAUCACGACGCUAUGAACAUUGGAAGACGAGCAAUGGGAGCGUUAUCUGUUCGUUACGGAACUAAGUAUGUCACUGGGAACAUUGCUGAAGCUAUUUAUCUUGCGACUGGCGGUAGCAUUGAUUGGGUGAAAGAGCACCUCAACGUACCUCUGGUGUAUUGCUACGAGUUGCGAGACAACGGUACUCACGGAUUCCUGCUGCCAGCAGAACAAAUUCUUCCUAACAGCCAAGAGGUCAUGGACUCAGUUAUAGACUUGAUCCACCAAGCGAAACGAUUCGGCUACAUGAGCGGCGCGCCCGAUCUGAAAGCUUCAUUUUUGAUUGUCGUGGCCUUAAUAUCAUCAUUAAUAUUU